UAGUAAAUAUUUUAUCUACCUACCUAUUAAUUAGCAAUUACUAUAACACUAUAAAUUGAUACAACAUUUUUUUUUUUUAAGAGUGAUUUUCGAGUCUAUAUUUUUGGUUUAUUAAAUAAUUUUUUUUCAAUAGAGUUCUCUAGAGAGUAAAGGUGUUAAAAUAAAUCUAUUCAGAGCAUUGAAGACAAUAUUUAUACCGGCAGUGAUCGGCUCGCCAUACGAGUUUAUUCGACCUAUUCGGCGAAAGCUGACGAAUACUUCCGAAUGCUCGUGAACGUUGACUACACUGCUUACUUGAUGGGUCACACACGGAUGUACGUGAUCAUUCGUUUGUUUUUGUUCGCUGGUGUGUUGUACGCACCUUAGAGUUUACAAGAUCAGAUUUUGUGUAAUACUUUUUUAAUCGACUGGUCGUUGUUUGGCAUUUUGACACUAACUAUAUAGCGAUGAACACGCUAAGUUCAAACGGUGAAUUACACGGAACUGUAGCACUGGUAACAGGUGGUGGUCGAGGAAUGGGUCUCGCAAUCGUCGACGAGCUGCUCAAAAACGGUGCAUAUGUUUCGUUAAUAGAUAUCAACAAAGAAAUAAGAAAUAAUGCGAUCAGUGAAUUAGAAAUCAAAUACAAAUUAUCUUCAAAAAGUAGAUUAAUAUUCAUAAAGUGUGAUGUUACCAAUGAAAUCGAAUUCGAAGAUUCUUUUAAGAAAACUAUUGAGCAAUUUGGGAAAAUAAACAUUGUUGUUAAUAAUGCUGGUAUCAUGACCAAGUAUAUGACUUCUUGGGAGCUAGCUAUCGAUUUAAAUUACAAAGCAGUAGUUCGAGGUACCAUGUUAGGUCUCAAAUACAUUGAAAACAAUGAAGACAAAAAGUCUGCAGUCAUUAAUGUAGCAUCGAUAGUUGGACUAUCCAACACUGUCUUGCCCAUUUACCAAUCGACCAAAAGAGCUGUUAUCGAAUUCACAAAAUCUAUUGGAUGUCCGUUCAAUUCGAAAGCGACCGGAAAUAACGUUAGAGUCAUGGCCAUUUGUCCUGGCGCCACGUUUGACGGAUUUGAAAAUAACAUUGAAGGGAAAAAUGCCUUACAGCAAGAAAUUGAGGACUUGAUUACGAGUGGUGAAGAAAUCCCAAAUCCAAAUAGAAUUCUAAUAAUACAGAGCACUGAUUAUUAUAAAGCUGCAUUUCUUCACAUUAUGAAAAACGGCAAAAAUGGAGAAGUUUGGAUAGCCGAAAACGAACAGCCUCCGAGACUUACACAUUUCUCCACUCAAUAUUAAAUAUUAUAUUAAAUAUCAACUCCUUAUAGAAUUUUAAUAUUCUAAAUUCUAUAAAUUAUGUUGAAAUAAUUAAUUAAUACAUUAAGGCACCAUGCGUCAAUGUAAUAUUGUCCAAUGUCCAAUAAUGAUCCUGUUCUAUAAAAUCAACCAAAUUUGAUCAUUUUUUUUUCAACUUAUUAUAGAAGGUCAUAUUCUACGUUCCACAUUUAACUCUGUUUUUCAAUGUCUUCAAUAAUAAUACAGUUUUAAGAUUUUUUUAUGAA